AUGGCCGGAGAAGCAGACUCUGCUGCUGCCAUGACCAGCAGCAGUGCUGAUCGCAUGGUAGGCAUGGACCACGCCGAAGUGCGUUAUUUUACGAGUUAUGAUCACCACGGCAUUCAUGAGGAGAUGCUUAAAGACGAUGUUCGUACUAGAUCGUACCGUGACUCUAUCUACCAGAACCGUCACAUCUUCAAGGACAAGGUUGUUCUCGAUGUCGGUUGCGGAACUGGUAUUCUCAGCAUGUUCGCCGCCAAGGCAGGUGCCAAGCAUGUGAUUGGUGUCGAUAUGUCGUCGAUCAUUGAGAAGGCUCGUGAGAUUGUUGCUGUGAAUGGCUUGUCGGACAAGAUCACCCUGCUCCAAGGAAAGAUGGAGGAGGUUGUCCUCCCUUACCCCAAGGUUGAUAUCAUCAUCUCCGAGUGGAUGGGCUACUUCCUUCUCUAUGAGAGCAUGUUGGACACCGUUCUUUACGCCCGCGACCGUUACCUUGUUCCUGGUGGCAAGAUCUUCCCCGACAAGGCCACCAUGUACUUGGCUGCCAUCGAGGAUGGCGAGUACAAGGAUGACAAGAUCGGAUUCUGGGACAAUGUGUAUGGAUUCAACUACAGCCCGAUGAAGGAGAUUGCCCUUACCGAGCCCCUUGUCGAUACUGUCGAGAUGAAAGCGCUUGUUACAGACCCUUGCCCCAUCAUCACGCUUGAUCUUUACACUGUUACUCCGGCCGACUUGGUCUUCAAGGUUCCAUUUUCUCUUCCUGCCAAGCGCAGUGACUUCAUCCACGCGGUGAUCGCUUGGUUCGAUAUUGAAUUCGGCGCAUGCCACAAGCCCAUCACCUUCUCCACCGGUCCCCAUGCCAAAUACACCCACUGGAAGCAGACCGUCUUUUAUCUUCGCGAUGUUUUGACCGUCGAAGAGGAGGAAGUUGUUUCCGGUGUUCUCGAGAACAAGCCGAACGACAAGAACAAGCGCGACCUUGACAUCAGCAUCUCCUACAAGUUUGAGACCACGGAUCCGAACCGUUACUCUGAGGGCAGCUGCUUCUACAGGAUGUGCUAA